AUGGCGUCUUCCUCCUCCCUUUUUGCGCCUACUAGACGCCUGGCUCUUCCAUUGGCCUUCCUGACCACUCUUUACCAGAUCCCAACAACGUCGGCGUAUUCGUGGUCUUUUCAAAACGACCCGAAGCAAUGCUCAAACCUCACCGUGUCGAUAUCUGGCUCCGACGGUGUACCUCCAUAUCGUAUUCUUAUUCUACCAAUUGGGUCUUCGCCUUUGAAGAACAAUAUCGAGGCCCGCAAAAUUAUGGACGUCAAAUUUGACGGAGACAGUACUUCAGUGGAUUUUUUACUUAAAUAUCCAGCAGACUCGCAGCUGGUCGCAGUGUCGUCGCUACUUGCCCAGGAACAUGGCUUCCAGAACCCGGUUAACAACAUGCACCACAUCAUUCUGGUUUUAGGCAACGGAGAGAUCUGGCCGCUUUCAAGAUCGAGGUCCUUCCACCCGCGUUAUGUGGACCAACUGUCGAUCUACCACCUCUCCCCGUCGUUGUGGAAAAGUCCAUCAUCUUCUACAGCUGGCCGUUCGACACAGCGUAAAUACGACGCACGUCUUAUCGCGACGUGUAUCCGUAAACUUCGUCAUCGGUGUUGCCUGUCACCCUGUGGCGCACACUCCGCCACCUCAAGCAACCAAGGGAUGCUGUCGCCGAACCUCGUAUUCUUCAAACCUCCAAAGCGUGGGUUCAAACAUGCGUUCAGCCGGUCAUGGACAACCGACUUUCGACCCUUGUUUUUCGCACACCAACGUCAAAGGAAGACGAACAACUCUGGUACUGAACUCUGGCUCGACUUCGAUUACGCCAGAUUCAGGCGAGAAGCUAUAGUCAAUCUUUCACGAGGCCAUCUUCAUCAUGCUGUCCCGAUACUAUCGUCGCAGAAGCAAGAAGAUUGGUACCAGUUUAUCUCAAUCGUUUGCGCUUGGUUGAGCCUAGCUACUUGGAACCCGAGACUAUCUUUCGACAGCACAAAAUUCGGCUCUGGUGGAACCAGCGUUGCCGCCAAAGUCGCAGAUUCCAGUGAUUCGUCAUGUUUUUCAAGCGAUACCAAUGUCUCUCCGGAUUUCGUUUUUUCAAUAGAGCCUCCAAAUCAGGUGGUCCAAUGUCAGAAUAUGAGGCUGUGGUGGGAUCCAGCGACGGUACAGGGAACACCUAAUUUUCUAGGUGUUAUCCCCGGAGGCCAGUCUUUUGCCAUUCCACAAGGACAAAUUACGACUGUCCCUUCUCAGGGUACUGGCUUUACUUGGAAGCCGAAUGUGCGAGGAGGAACAACGCUGUUGAUUGUUGGUGGCGAUAAUAGGGGCAAUGGCACGGCGGGCAGCACGUUCAAUGUCGUUAGCUCUGGAAUCAACAACGAUGGAAGCUGUUUGUCAGAUAGUAGUCCCAGCUCGACGCCUGGAAGUCCUGCCGGAGGAAGUUAUCCAACUGGAUCUGAUGGAACCAGGAUAGGUGGCGGAGGCGGAUCAUCGAAUACAGGUGCUAUUGUCGGCGGUGUGAUUGGUGGACUUAUUGCCUUGAUUGCGAUUGUCCUUAUUAUUUGGUUCCUCCGCAAGAAGCAGAAGACACAAAAACGGUUCAAGGAGCGUCCUGUGGACCUGAUGAAUGCGGACGACGAUGACGGCGACGAAUCGGCGCCUAGUGGACGACCUCGCACGAACGAGCUUCCGCAGUACUACCAGCCUGAGCCGUUCAUGGUGCCCGACCCGACUAUUAACGGAUCGAUUGCGGAGACGAGCGAUGACCCGGAAAGCAGACGGCCAUUGAGUGGAACGGCGUCGAGCUUCUACACUCGAGAUACGCGUGCGACUUCUCCGGACCCGACGGCGUCUUUGCUUGGAUUUGGGAUGACUGCUGGAUCGUCGACGGGUCAAGAGCGGAGGAAGGGUGUGCCACGCCCGAUGAGGGCUGUAAAUGUGAUUCAACAUGAUGAUGCGGGCCCGAGCUUGCCGAUGGAGGAUAAGGAUGGGGAAGAUGAACCGGAGACGAUUGAGCUGCCACCGGCGUACACUGCUGUGAAGAGGAAUGCGGAGGGAACCUCGCCACCUGCUGAACCUGCGCACUGA